AUGCACGAGACUUAUCCGAAAGACAAUCACAGUGGCACAGACUUAGAUGGAAAACGAUGGAUGACCGCUGAAGAGCUAGAAUAUGAUGCCGAGUUGCUUCGACAGACAAACUCGACGAUAUGGAUGUUGUUCUGGUGGAACAUUAUUCUGGCUGCCCUCCUUCUUCCAAUUCUCGCUCUUGUUCAUUGCGAUGUUGUUGAGGGAAAUCUAGCAAAACUUAUCUACAGAGGUAUUCUCGUUGGAUGUUUGAUAUUUUGCAUCGCUCAGUUGUUGUACCUGAUCCACCCAGUGUUAUGGGGCGCUGCAAAGUUUCCAGCGAUGGUGGAUCGACUUUUCUUAGAAGCCUAUCCUCGAGAUGAAUAUCACAUCAACCACCUCAAAGAACGAUUCGCGUGUGAAUUUGAAACACACGAACUGCUCGUGCAAUUUGACCUCCAGGUAUCUUUCUUCAUAGAUAACUUCUGGUAA